GUGGCGGAGGCGACGUGUUUACCAAUUAUUUCGCGGACCCCCUGACAGAGUGCCACGGACCCCUGGGGGUCCCCGGACCCCACUUUGAGAAUCACUGAUCUGAUGCAUAACAUCAAUUCCAAAUUUAUACGGUACAGUAUUUUUGCAGGCAAAUGCAGGAUUAAGGGAAUUUUAAGGGAAACCUUUGCCAAAUCUCAGGCCCCAAGCAUAGCGAUGCUGUUUGAAGAGAUCAGCCAGCAGCUGGACUUCUCUAGCUGUGGAGAGCAGGGGAGCAGCAGUGGCAACAGCUCUGAUGACUACACCUCCAGGAUCCACAGUCCCAGGAUCCACAGUCCCGGGAUCCACAGUCCCGGGAUCCACAGUCCCAGGAUCCACAGUCCCAGGAUCCAUAGUCCCAGCAGCUCUGCGUGCAGGACACCCAGGGUGCAACGCCACCGAAGUAGAAGCAACACCUUAUGUUCCCCUUUACAGUGCACCAGCCCCAUACCUUACGCUUCCUGGAAGAAACUGAGGCUCUGUGACUCUCCCAGCACACCCAAGAGCCUACUAUCGAAGUCGUCCCAGCCUUGCUCCAGCUCUAAGAUAGUUCGCCCUCCGAGGUCCCUGCGUUUCGCCUCAGCCGCCGCUAGCCACAUCAAGGCACCUUGUGUCAAUGUGAAUCCUUUCACAUCUGACAAAGUCCGCCGGAACAGCGAGCAGCAGUGGAAGAACCGCUGUAGGAGUGAUGAUGAUGAGGAUUAUGGACACAGGUUGAAACACAGCCUAACGUCAUCUGAGGAGGAUGAUGAAGCCUUUCUCCCACCAAAGGCCCUCCGUCUGUUUAUCUGGCAGAGGCGAGCUGUCCAAGCCUUCAUGCUGUCACGCUAUGAGAGUGAGUUCCUGGAGCUGGAGUGCAUUGGCGCGGGGGAGUUUGGGGCAGUGUACAAGUGUGUGAAGAGGCUGGAUGGUUGCUUGUACGCCAUAAAACGCUCUCGCCGACCCCUGGCAGGCUCUGCCGAUGAGCAGCUGGCCCUAAAGGAAGUGUAUGCGCAUGCUGUUCUUGGGCACCACCCACAUGUUGUCCGCUAUUAUUCAGCAUGGGCAGAAGACAAUCACAUGAUUAUUCAGAAUGAAUACUGUGAUGGUGGGAAUCUCAGUGAUGCCAUUGUGACGAAGGAGGUGCAGGGUGAGCUGUUUUCAGAGGCCGAGUUGAAAGAUCUGCUCUUACAAGUGUCUAUGGGGCUCAAAUUCAUCCAUAGCUCAGGCCUCGUACACCUGGACAUCAAACCAAGUAAUAUAUUCAUUUGCCAACGUCCCAGCACAAGUGCAGCAGGUGAAGGGGAGAGUGAGGAGGAAGAUGACAGAGGCACUUCAGCAGGAGUCAUUUACAAAAUUGGGGAUCUGGGUCAUGUGACGUCAACCAACAGUCCUCAAGUUGAGGAAGGGGACAGCCGCUUUCUGGCCAGUGAGGUCCUGCACGAGGAUUACAGCCACCUGCCCAAGGCAGACAUCUUCGCUCUGGGCCUUACGGUCCUGCUGGCAGCCGGCGCUCCUCCUCUGCCUCAAAAUGGAGCAGAGUGGCACAGCCUGAGAGAGGGGCAGCUCCCCAAACUGCCAAAAGAGCUAUCACCUCCCUUCAGAGGCCUACUUCAGUCGUUGCUGGAUCCAGACCUGACGAAGCGGCCAUCUGCCAGGGAGCUUUGCAAGCACACAGUCUUGAGGGAUGAGAGGACUGGGAGGGUGGCCGCUCAGCUACGCCAAGAGCUCAAUGUAGAGAAGUUCAGGACAGCCAUGCUUGAAAAAGAGCUCCAGGAGGCUCGUGAGGCAGCUUUGUCACCCAAUCAGAACCUCUUUCCUGGGCUGAACCCCCUUGCUCAGAUGGGGUCCCUACCCAGAGCAGGAAGGAGGCUUGUUGGUGGGAAGACGGCACGAUCCAUGAGCUUUGGUUGCCCAGGUUACGGGGUGUGAUGGGACGAAGUGAUGACCACAUGCCUGUCCUUUGCUCUGAUCAUGUGACUCCUCCUGCAACUAGGCUGUGGUAAAAUGUAGCAUGUCUCUAGGAGAAGACAGUGUGACAAGAUUUCCUAUACAACAAAGAUUUUGAUGGAAAUAACUGGAUGGACAAUACUAUGUGAGUCUUCACAGGGGUGCAGAGCUGUGGACCGCAUUGGUUUUAAAGGACUUUAUCUGACUGACUCAAACACUUUUAAAGUGAUUUUCUGUAACCGCUGCAGACCAAUGUACUUUUUAAAAACUGUAAAUAAACAUUUUAUGCAUUUUAUCAAA